UUAUGUUAGAAGUGAAAGAAUGUAAUAAAAAUCUAGGUACUUAAAUAUAGAGGCCAGAAGCCAGCCACAUCUAGGUAGUUUGUUAGACUCAAGUUGUUGACAGUUACAAAAAUAUCUACACUACAAACCCAGUCUGCGGUGGACCGCUUAGGAAACAAGUUUCUUUAUGAAUUCAUAAUUGAACCUGGUUAAUCAUUGAAUCUCAUCAAUAUUGACUACUAAGCAAUGAUCAAUGAAACUUAUCAGUGGGAAUUUGUUCACAAUUUAACUUCAGAAUUCAUUGAAGAUGAUAAUUUAUAUUCACUCAAUUCAACUUUAGAAACCAAACUGUCAUGUGGUUCUGGAAAUGACUAUUUAUAUAACUCAAGUUUUGGAAUUGAAACUGCGGUUCCGGAAUGGGAAGCAGUGACGACAGUAUUGAUAUUAUCGAUAGUAAUACUCGGUACUAUUUCUGGGAAUAUUCUUGUAAUAUUGAGUGUUUUUACAUACAAACCUUUACGGAUAGUGCAAAAUUUUUUUAUAGUGUCAUUAGCAGCAGCUGAUUUAGCAGUGGCGGUGUUAGUGAUGCCACUUAACGUGGCAUAUUCAACUUUGGGUAGAUGGAUUUUAGGCAAACAUUUGUGCAAAAUGUGGCUUACCUGUGACAUAAUGAGCUGUACGUCAUCCAUUUUAAAUCUAUGUGCUAUAGCUCUGGACCGAUAUUGGGCAAUUACCGAUCCAAUAAAUUAUGCUAAUAAAAGAACUUUAAAGAGAGUGAUUCUCCAAAUAACUGGAGUUUGGAUUUUGUCGCUUAUUAUAAGCUCUCCACCUCUUUUAGGAUGGAAUGAUUGGCCAGAAGAGUUCACUACUGAGACUCCUUGUCAGUUAACCUCAGAACCAAGUUACGUGAUAUAUUCCUCCUUUGGUUCAUUCUUCAUUCCUUUGUUUAUAAUGACUAUAGUAUACAUAAAAAUUUAUGUAGCCACUAGGAAAAGAUUGAGAAAGCGUUUAUUAGUGUCACGAAUACAGAAACCAGUAGUUAAUGGCUUAAAUCAAGAAGAGAGUCAAGAAAGAGAUGAAUCGGAUAAUGAUUCCGAUAGCGGAGAAAGCUUUAAACGGCAACGAAGAGCCUUUAUAGAUUUUAAGAAAAAUUUUUUUGUACCUCUUUUGUUAAUGAAUGAUUCAGUAUCAAGACAAAGAAUUGAAACCAACAUUCAACCACUACAAGCUGAGUCUUCGACAGAUGACUGUAAAAAUUACACUACGAAAGUACUGGGAUCAUUCAGAAAGUUAAGUAAUAAAAAGAAAAAAUAUGAAAAGCCUUUGUUAUCAAGUGUUACCAAAAGUGGUGAUAUGGUUCAUCAAUUCAUAGAGCAAAAACAGAAGAUAUCUUUGUCAAAGGAGAGACGUGCUGCUCGGACUCUUGGUGUGAUUAUGGGCGUGUUUGUUAUUUGCUGGUUACCGUUUUUUGUUGUGUAUUUGGUAUUACCUUUUUGUCCCUGGUGUUGUCCCACUAAUCGAUUAAUCAAUUUCAUAACAUGGCUUGGCUAUAUAAAUUCGACUGUUAACCCUAUAAUUUAUACCAUAUUUAAUUUAGAAUUUAGGAAAGCCUUUAAAAGAUUAUUAGGAAUAAGGUAAUUCACAAAAUUCAAGGUGAUUUUGUAAAUACAUAUUUGGGUGUAGGUUUAAGUACCUAAUUGACAAUGUCUAUAUCAUGUAGAGAAAACAAAGUUACGCAUUUAUGAAAAAAAGUAUUGUUUUUUUUGUUAAUAAUAAUGGCUCAAGUAAAAUUGUAAAAUAUUAUCAAGUGGCAGUAGUAGAACGUAAGUAAAUAUAAAUUUUAUUUAUUAAAAAUAAUAGAUAUGUUAUCCAAUAACAUAGUGUAUAUUUUAGUAUAUAUUAGAAAAUAUUUUAUUAGCUUAAUGUAGAUAUCGGAGAAUAAUAAAAACUGGCCACUGAAAAUUGUGUCAUUCUUAUUUAGAGUUCAGUGCUAUUUUCUUAUAAAAUAGAACAGUGAAGCUUAGCAUUCAUCUAAUUGUGCCCCAACAAUAACGAGAAGUAGCUGACUUGAGGUUUUGUCAAGUACUCCUAUGUUUUGUUAGCUGACGAAUGAGUCGCCCUUAGCUAGUCUUGAAAUAUAUAACCUGCGAGACGCGGUGUGUUUGUACAUAAAUAUGUAGUACACAAAAUGACUAACUAUAGUGUAUUUACCACUUAUUGUUCACGAAUUGUAGUUACGAUCGUUUC